AUGCAGAGCACACAGAGGGCUACGCGCGCCCUGCGCUUCAACGCAAGAGCAUUUUCCACGUCUUCGCACAUCGCGGCACCAUCAAGUCUCCGUAUCAAUUCUGGCCGUCUUUGGGAGACAUUGCAUGAGACAUGCAAAUGGGGUGCAGCUCAUUCCUACGGGGAUAACCCACAGGAUACCGGCAUGGCGCGCUUGACUUUGAAUGAUGACGAUGCGCGCGUGCGACGGUGGUUUGCCGAUGAGGUCCAGAAAUUGGGAUGCUCUCUCUCAGUGGAUCAGAUGGGCAACAUGUUUGCGCGGCAAUCUGGACGAUUGGAAUCCACUGCACCUAUGAUCGCCAUGGGAAGUCAUCUCGACAGCCAGCCGCGUGGGGGUCGGUAUGAUGGUAUUCUCGGAGUCAUGGCUGCGUUAGAAGUUCUGCGCACUAUGAAGGAGAACGAUUUCAAAACUAACUUUGACGUGGGAAUUGUGAAUUGGACAAAUGAUCCGAAAACUGGGUAUCCGCUGGGUGCCCAUUUUGAAUUGCACAUUGAACAAGGGCCCAUUCUCCAGGAAACGGGACGGUCGAUUGGCAUCGUGCAGGGAGCUCAGGGAUACAGAUGGUUGACUGUUACUGUGCAUGGCAAGGAUGCUCACACCGGCACAACCCCCUUCAGUGCCCGCCAGGAUCCUCUUCUGGCAGCGUCGAAGAUGAUUGCUGCCUCGAACGCUAUUGCCAAGCAACAUGAUGCUCUGGCUUCAACGGGUAUUAUCAAGGUGCCUUCAAACGCCUCCACCAAUACCGUGGCUACUAACGUUACCUUCACUCUGGACAUUCGACAUCCUCAUGACCAUGUUGUGUGCGCUGUUCAAGAAUCUUGCCUCAAGGAGUUUGGCACCAUUGCCUUGGAGGAUGGAAAAGGCGUGUCAUUCGACUGGACUCUCGACACAGACUCCCCCGCCGUCAAGUUUGACCAGAGCUGUAUCACAUCUAUCAAGGCAGCUGCAGAUCAUCUCGUCGGGCCGGAAAAGUCAAUGCUUAUAACUAGCGGUGCUGGUCAUGACACCGUCUAUACAAGCAAGCACUGCCCCUCGGCCAUGAUUUUCGUUCCCUGUCGAGAUGGUGUCAGCCAUCACCCGACGGAAUACUGCUCGCCUGAAGACUGUGCACUUGGUGCUCAAGUUUUGUUAGAGGCUGUUGUUCACUAUGACGAGAGCAAAGCGAAAGAAAGGAGUGGGAUUCAAGCGGUAUAG